UGGCGCGCUUCAAAACGCCGCCCGGGUUGAGCGGGGCGUCAAACUCUCCGCUGCGCCGCUUUUUAACGCGGUGAAACUUUUGCGCCGGAUCAGAGUAACGUUGCAUGCUGUUUAAGUGCAUGUGUCAUGUGCAGCGAGGGACCCAGAGAGCGCUGGCUUUCUGAAUAAAUCAUUUAAUAACCUGUGGGAACAUCCUGAAGCUGAUAGGAAAGAGGGUGUUUGAUAUAGGUAGGUAUGUUCUCAGAUGCUUUGGAGGCCGUAGGACGGGUGGAGGGGUUGACGCUGUCCCCUCCCCAGACUCUCCCAGACCCCGAUGAUGAGGUGGAACUGGGCUCCGAAACAAAAAGACGAGGCAGAUAUCGCCAUAGCUUACAGAUACUCAAGCCCUUUCGGAUCACGCACAAACAUCAGCACCCGGUGGACAAUGCAGGAUUUUUUUCCUUCAUGACCCUGCAGUGGCUGUCCCCUCUGGCAUGGAGGGCCCACAAAGCAUCCUGUCUCAAGAUUGAAGACAUGUGGGGUCUGUCUUGCCACGAGGCCUCAGAAACGAACUGCCAAAGACUGGAGUGGCUGUGGCACGAGGAGCUCAAGCGGCGAGGGAAGGACGCGGCGUCUCUGUCCCGGGUGUUCUGGAGGUUCUGUCAGACCCGUAUGCUGGUGGCCAUCUUCUCCCUGCUCAUCACCAUGGUGGCUGGAUUUGUUGGACCUGCUCUGCUGAUCCGAGCCCUGCUGGAGUACUCUCAGUGCGCAGAGGUGAAACUGCUGUAUGGUCUGGCUCUGGUCGGCGGGAUUUUCCUCAUGGAGCUGACACGCUCCUGGUCUCUAGCUUUCAUGUGGGCUGUCAGCUACCGCACGGCCGCACGCCUCCAGGGAGCCGCGCUCACUUUCGCCUUCCAGAAGAUCCUGCGACUACGCAGCACUAAAGACAUCAGCACUGGAGAGCUGGUAAACAUUUGCUCCAGUGAUGGACAGCGUCUGUACGAGGCCAUCUCGGUGGGCUGUCUGCUGGCUGGAGGGCCUCUCGUUGGGAUUUUGGGUCUGUCAUACACCAUCUAUUUCUUAGGACCGACUGCACUCGUGGGAUCGGCCAUUUUUGUCUUCUUCUACCCCACCAUGAUGCUGGCCUCCCAUUUGACAGCAUAUUUCCAUAAAAGGUGUGUGGUGGUUACAGACCGGCGCGUCCGGCUGAUGAACGAGAUCCUGGGCUGUAUUAAGUUCAUUAAGAUGUACUGCUGGGAGACGGCGUUUGCUAACAACAUACAAAGGGUUCGAUCAGAAGAGAGGAGGAUCCUGGAGAGGGCCGGCUGUGUUCAAAGCCUGACGGUGGGUGUGGCUCCAGUGGUGGUGGUGAUAGCCAGCGUGUGCACGUUCACUCUUCACAUGGCUCUGGGCUAUGAUCUCACCGCAGCACAGGCCUUCACCAUCGUUGCUGUUUUCAACUCCAUGACCUUUGCUCUAAAGGUCACGCCCUUGGCGGUGCGUGCUUUAUCUGAAGGCUCCGUGGCCGUGAAAAGAUUUCAGAAGCUCUUCUUGAUGGAGGACAGGGAGCUGAUCUCAAACAAAAUGGAAGAUCCCUAUAAUGCGGUGGAGUUUAAAGACGCCACACUGGCCUGGGAGAAGACCAGCGGCUCGGGGGAAAAGAGCCGAGCCCAGCAGAAAAGAGGAGGCAUGAAGAGGGUUUUGAGGAGGGAGAAGCUGAGCUUGUACAUCACCACAGAGGACAGCAAAGGGGAGAGCGAGGAAGCCAACGCAGAGCACCUCCUCACACACAUGGAGCAGGAGAGCCCACAGAGCACCAUCUCCUCCACACAGAGCAUCCGACCUCCGCUGCACAAAACCCUGCACCGCAUAGACCUCUGCAUCCGGAAGGGGUCACUGGUUGGGGUUUGUGGAGGAGUCGGCAGUGGAAAGAGCUCGCUGCUAUCUGCUCUACUGGGACAGAUGACCCUUCUUGGCGGCUCAGUAGCUGUAAACGGAGACUUCGCAUAUGUUGCUCAACAGGCCUGGAUCCUCAACGAUUCCCUCAGGGAGAACAUCCUGUUUGGAAAAAAAUACAUUGAGGAGAAGUACAACGCAGUUCUGGAAGCCUGCUGUUUAUUUCCUGAUAUUAUUGAGCUGCCAUAUGGCGAUAUGACUGAGAUAGGAGAGAGAGGGGCCAAUCUGAGCGGCGGUCAGCGGCAGAGAGUGAGUCUGGCCCGUGCGCUGUACAGCGAGAGACCCGUCCUUCUGCUCGAUGACCCCCUCAGCGCCGUCGACGCUCACGUGGGAUCGCACCUAUUCCACAGCGCCAUCCGCCGCGCGGCCAAGAGCAGGACUGUCAUCUUUGUCACGCACCAGCUGCAGUUCUUGCCUGAGUGUGAUGAGGUGGUGUUAAUGAAGGACGGUCAGAUAGCAGAGCACGGCACACACGUCCAGCUGAUGGAGAAAGGCCGAGACUACGCUGCCCUUUUCAACAGCGUGCAGGAAGAGAACCUUGUGAGGAAGAACCUGAAAAACAAGCAGAGGGCCGUGGAGGAGAGCAGCCCGCGGUCCCUGCAUGUCAGCCCUGCAGCCAAAACACAUACUGAGAGCAAGAAAGGAGAUCAGCUCAUGCAGGCGGAGGAAAAGGGGAGCGGGGCCGUGGACUGGCAAGUGUACACUACUUACAUCAAGGCUGCCGGAGGGCCUCUGGCCUUCAUCGUAAACAUCCUCCUCUUCCUCUUCACCACCGGCAGCAUCGCCUUCAGCAACUGGUGGCUCAGUCACUGGAUCGGGCAAGGCAGCGGGAAUUCCUCGCUGCUGCAGGGGAACGAGACCGCCGAGAGCGACAGCAUGCGACUGAAUCCACACAUACAGUACUACUCCAGGGUGUACGUCCUAUCCAUGGGGGUGGCGCUCUUCCUGAAGACGGUGCGAGGGCUGGUGUUCGUCAAGUGCACUGUGCGGGCAGCUUCGGUUCUGCAUGAUAAACUAUUUAAGACUCUACUUCUGAGCCCCAUGCGCUUUUUUGACACAACACCCCUGGGACGCAUUCUCAACCGAUUCUCCAGGGACAUGGAUGAGGUUGACGUGCGUCUGGCGAUGCAAGCCGAAAUGCUGCUCCAGAAUGUGACAUUAGUGCUGUUCUGCCUGGGAAUGGUGGGCGUUGUCUUUCCCUGGUUCCUGUUCUCCAUCAUUCCUUUAGGGGCGUUCCUCUUCAUCGUCAACCGCAUCUCCAGGGUUCUCAUUCGUGAGCUGAAGCGCCUGGAAAAUAUCAGCCAAUCCCCUUUCACCUCUCAUAUCACCAGCAGUCUGCAAGGCCUGUCCACUAUCUAUGCUUACGGCAGGGGUGCUGACUUCAUACACAGGAAUCAAGCCCUGCUUGACACAAACCAAGCGUGUCACUAUCUGUUCAGCUGUGCUAUGCGCUGGCUGGCUGUGCGUCUGGACCUCAUCAGCAUUUCUCUCAUCACCACUAUAGCCCUCCUCAUCGUCUUCAUGCACGGCCGCAUUCCUCCUGCCUACGCUGGUCUGGCCAUCUCCUACGCCGUACAGCUAACCGGCCUGUUUCAGUUCACCGUGAGGCUGCUUUCUGAAACCGAAGCCCGCUUUACAUCAGUGGAGCGGAUCAAUCAUUACAUAAAGAACCUGGAAAGCGAAGGUCCUCGACAGAUCUGCGGCUCCUCCGCUCCUGCUUCCAGCUGGCCAGAAGAAGGACGAAUCACCUUCCAGAAUGUAGAAAUGCGAUAUCGGGAUGACCUUCCUCUGGUUCUGAAGAAUCUCUCCUUUAGUGUACUUCCAGAAGAGACUGUAGGGAUAGUUGGCAGAACGGGCUCAGGGAAAUCUUCACUGGGCGUCGCACUCUUCAGACUAGCAGAGCUCAGCCGAGGAUCAAUCAUCAUUGAUGGUGUCAACAUCGCUCACAUUGGUCUGGAGGACUUGAGGAGCAAGCUGUCAGUCAUACCCCAAGAGCCAGUUCUUUUCAUUGGUACUGUCAGGUACGGUCCACGUCACUUUACCAAGACUAGCCGUGUGUUAUCAUUCCUGGAGUCAAAAUGA